AUGGCCGCUACCGCCACCACCGCUGAGAUCGCGACCGACCUCCUUUCGGGCCAGCAGCUCGCCCACCUCCUUCCUCCCAGCUGGAAGGAGGACAUUCCCAAGUGGUUCGCCGAGGACACCCCCAGCUUUGACUGGGCCGGCUUUGUCGUCGGCGAGUCUGACCAGGAGGCCUUCCUCUGGGGCAAGAGCGGCGGUGUUGUUGCCGGUGUGCCGUUCUUCACCGAGAUCUUCAAAUACGUCGACUGCUCUGUUGAGUGGCUCGUCGAGGAGGGCACCGCGAUCCCCGACGGAGAGAAGACGAAGUGCGCCAUCGUGCGCGGAAAGGCUCGCAACCUCCUCCUUGGCGAGCGUGUCGCUCUCAACCUCCUCGCUCGCUGCAGCGGUGUCGCUACCGUCUCGCGGAGGUUCCGCGACAUGGCUCGUGCUGAGGGAUGGAAGGGCCUGAUCGCUGGUACCCGUAAGACGACUCCCGGCUUCCGCCUUGUCGAGAAGUACGGCAUGCUCGUCGGUGGUAUCGACCCUCACCGUCACGACCUCUCGUCGAUGGUCAUGCUGAAGGACAACCACAUCUGGGCAACUGGCUCGAUUACGAACGCGAUCAAGGCCGUCCGUCGCGUUGCCGGCUUCUCGCUCCUUGUCAACGUCGAGUGCCAAGACGAGGCUGAGGCUGACGAGGCCAUCGCCGCCGGCGCCAACAUCGUCAUGCUCGACAAUCUCACCGGUGCUGACCUCCACGGCGCCGCCAAGUCGCUCAAGGACAAGUGGCGCGGAAAGAAGGAGUUCCUCAUCGAGACCUCGGGCGGUAUCGUCGAGGGAUCUCUCACUAGCCGCGUUGGACCUGACAUCGACAUUCUCUCCACCUCUGCCGUGCACCAGGGCACGCCCCACGUCGACUUCUCGCUCAAGAUCCAUCCUGUCAAGAAGUAA